AUGAUUUGCAGUUUUCUCUCCCUUCGCCCGCCUUGUCGCCCGCUCCCACAGCAGCCAGCCGCAAUCCAGGGAGGGUACCAGCCCCCGCCCCCGGUCCCCUCCGCCUCCUCGAGCUACCAGUACCAGCCCCCUGCCCCGGCAGCGCCCACGGGAGGUUACCAGCCCCCGCCUCCGCCGACACCGGCAGCAGCGAGCUCGCCUCCCCCGCCCCCGGCCUCAUCAUCGUACGGGUAUCAACCCCCGGCACCGGCGGCGACGUCUCCCCCAUCGUCGGGAUACCAGCCCCCCGCCCCGGCGAUCCCGUCCUACACGCCGGCCGCGCACAUCCCGCCGGCCGCGCCUACGGUCGCGCUCCGGAAAGUGACUCCCGCGGCCCAGCCCCCGCCCCCUCCGUCAUCACAGCCUGCCGCGGAGCCCUACACGGGGCUGCGGUCUACCUUCAGCUCGUCGCCGCCGGCGCCGGCGCCGGCCCCUUACUCGCCCCCGGUACCGGCUGCCGUCCCCCCGCCGCCGGCCGCGGCGUACCAGCCUCCCGCCGCGGCGCAGUACGGCGGCGGAGGGGGAAGGUACAACCCCCCCGUGGCGGCACCGGCACCGGCUGCGUUGGCGCCGGUGCAGCAGUACAGGAGCGCUUCACCGCCGUCCUCGCAGCAGGGGUACUCGCCGCCCCCGCCUGCUGCCGCCUCGGGGGGGGGUUACCAGCCCCCUGUGGUCGGAGGAGGGGGCGCGGGAGCACCGAGCAAGGUCCCGGGCGCGGUGUCUGACCCUGCGGCUAUGGGCGAGGUGCAGCAACGAGAGACGGCUGUGCGGGGGAUGCUGCACAGAGACCCCGGCGGGGCGCUCCGGAAAUCGCUCGAGGACCCGCCUAUCUUCUGCAAGGACGAAGCCGUCAAGGCUAAGAGCACGGAGUGCGUAUUGAUGGUGCUCACGGGGGUCCGCGAGGACCAGAUAGAGAACUGCCUGGCCGGUCUGUCCUUGGACGAGAUCGACGUCCUCGUCAAGUACGUCUACAAGGGCCUGGGGAUGCCUCGCAACAACGGGCCGCUGUUCAAGUGGCACGCGAAGUCGUUAGACCAUUGA